AUUAACCCAUGAGGAAAACGCAUUCCCAAUGGUUUAAUGGCUAUCGCACUCUAUCAAAGUCAUUAAUCACAGUAUUUAUGGACUCUUCUACUCAAUACAACGUCCUCACACCUCAAUGCUCAUCAGCAACCGUUGCCAAAGUUCAUCCCAAGCUUAGAAGAACAGCCUAAACAUGUCUUCUCUCCAACCAACAUUCUCUUCCAAAUCCAGUUCCAACUUCAAUGAGCUUCAAUGGGUGAUUCAAAUACGAAAAACCCUAGAGGAGGAGCUCGAAGAUGAUGGAGAAAUCCCCGUCUCCAUUUUCAACGUCCCCAAAUCCCUCUUGGCUACUGACCCGGAAUCGUACACCCCUCAACAGGUUGCGAUUGGUCCUUACCAUUAUUGGCGUCCGGAGCUGUAUGACAUGGAGAGGUACAAAGUGGCUGCGGCAAAACGAACGCGAAAGCAAACCCUCAAAUUCCAGCACCUUGUUGACCAAUUGAUGAGUUUCGAGCCGAGGAUUCGUGCUUGUUACCACAAGUACUUGGAGUUUAAUGGUGAGACUUUGGGGUGGAUGAUGGUCAUUGAUGCUUCGUUUCUCCUCGAAAUCCUCCGAGUCUAUGCGGUCCAAGACGGGAAGACUUUGAUGAGAGUUUUUUCAAGGAUGGCGCAUUUGGUUGAUCAUGCAGGAAGGAAGUCAGCACAUCAUGCAAUCCUUAGGGACUUGGUGAUGCUUGAGAAUCAAAUCCCACUGUUUGUGUUGAGAAAAGUGUUGGAAUUUCAGUUCCCAACGUUGGAAUGUGCCGACAAUAUGCUUCUUUCCAUGUUUAUGGGAUUGUGCAAAGAGCUCUCACCAUUCAAGAUGAAUGAUGACGACUUGCAGAAGAUCCAAGUCUCGAGUUGUUGUCACUUGCUGGACUUUUUGUACCACAUGGUCACCCCCAAGUUAGAAGCUGGGCCGUCGGAAAUCACAGAAGCCGAGGGUGGGGAGGCCACACCAGACAAGGGAAAAUCAUCAGAUAACUCGAAUUUCGUCAAACAAUUUCUUGAAGAGGUAUGGAAGCUGUUUUUGAAGUUGAAUAAAGGUCCAAUACGUCUGCUGACAAAAACUCUAAUAUCUGGACCUGUAAAGGUGAUAUCCAAACUGCCUUGGACUAUCCUCUCCAACCUUCCUGGAUUUGCAAUUUUGAAAAAACCUCUCGAGUCCUUAGUUUCCUCUCAAGAAAAAGAAGCAGUCAAACUCGAAGAUGAAAAUUCGAGCAGUGGCACUAGUAAACCGCCCUUGAUAGAGGAGAUCACUAUUCCAUCUGUCUCUGAUCUGUCAAAAUCCGGUGUCAAGUUCCUGCCUGCAAAUAGCAUUUCGAGUAUCUCUUUCGAUGCUAAAACUUGCUCAUUUUACCUCCCCAGUACUAGAUUAGAUGGGAACACAGAGGUGAUCCUGAGAAACUUGGUGGCCUACGAAGCAUCAAUUGCAUCGGGGCCGUUGGUUUUUACUCGCUACACCGAGUUGAUGAAUGGGAUCAUAGACACCGAGGAGGAUGCCAAGUUGCUUAGAGGGAAAGGUAUCAUCUUGAACCAUUUGAAGAGUGAUGAAGAAGUGGCAAAGCUGUUCAAUGGCAUGAGCAAGUCCAUUAGAUUGACCAAAGUGCCCUUCUUGGAUAAGGCAAUCGAAGAUGCCAACAAGUAUUACAAUAGUAGAUGGAAGGUGAAGACGAUGAAUUUUUUUAAAACUUAUGUGAUUGGUUGCUGGAAAGUUCUGGCUUUGCUCGCUGCCAUUUUGUUCCUGCUCUUGAUGACAAUGCAAACAUUUUGCCCAGGAAACAACUGCAGUCGCAUAUAUCAGAUCAACACCACAACCUAGUGAUUUGAUUAGCCGUAUUAAUAUCGUUGUCAUCUUGCUCAUUGACGACCCCUCUUAAUUUGUGCUAUGGAAUCGAAAAGCUUCUGGAUUGUUUGGUUCGGUUUGCUUUCUUACUUUAGUUAUUGGUUUUUUGAGGGGAUUGCAAUGAUCAAAAGAUUGUAGUGCUUAUUUCUUAAUUGUUCGA